CCAAUUUGUUUUGUUGCAGAUUGUUCUCCGGCGCUUGGAAGAGAGACGUCCCUUUGCAUCUGCCCCGUGACAAAAAGACCUAAAACUUCAGUUAAUUUGUGAAGAUGCAGAUCUUUGUGAAGACCCUAACUGGCAAGACCAUCACCCUAGAGGUGGAGCCCAGUGACACCAUUGAGAAUGUCAAGGCCAAAAUCCAGGACAAGGAAGGCAUUCCCCCUGACCAGCAGAGGCUGAUCUUCGCUGGCAAGCAGCUGGAAGAUGGGCGCACCCUGUCCGACUACAACAUCCAGAAGGAGUCGACCCUCCACCUCGUCCUCCGUCUUCGUGGAGGCAUGCAGAUCUUCGUGAAGACCCUGACCGGCAAGACCAUCACCCUGGAGGUGGAGCCCAGUGACACCAUUGAGAAUGUCAAGGCCAAAAUCCAGGACAAGGAAGGCAUUCCCCCUGACCAGCAGAGGCUGAUCUUCGCUGGCAAGCAGCUGGAAGAUGGGCGCACCCUGUCCGACUACAACAUCCAGAAGGAGUCGACCCUCCACCUCGUCCUCCGUCUUCGUGGAGGCAUGCAGAUCUUCGUGAAGACCCUGACCGGCAAGACCAUCACCCUAGAGGUGGAGCCCAGUGACACCAUUGAGAAUGUCAAGGCCAAAAUCCAGGACAAGGAAGGCAUUCCCCCUGACCAGCAGAGGCUGAUCUUCGCUGGCAAGCAGCUGGAAGAUGGGCGCACCCUGUCCGACUACAACAUCCAGAAGGAGUCGACCCUCCACCUCGUCCUCCGUCUUCGUGGAGGCAUGCAGAUCUUCGUGAAGACCCUGACCGGCAAGACCAUCACCCUAGAGGUGGAGCCCAGUGACACCAUUGAGAAUGUCAAGGCCAAAAUCCAGGACAAGGAAGGCAUUCCCCCUGACCAGCAGAGGCUGAUCUUCGCUGGCAAGCAGCUGGAAGAUGGGCGCACCCUGUCCGACUACAACAUCCAGAAGGAGUCGACCCUCCACCUCGUCCUCCGUCUUCGUGGAGGCAUGCAGAUCUUCGUGAAGACCCUGACCGGCAAGACCAUCACCCUAGAGGUGGAGCCCAGUGACACCAUUGAGAAUGUCAAGGCCAAAAUCCAGGACAAGGAAGGCAUUCCCCCUGACCAGCAGAGGCUGAUCUUCGCUGGCAAGCAGCUGGAAGAUGGGCGCACCCUGUCCGACUACAACAUCCAGAAGGAGUCGACCCUCCACCUCGUCCUCCGUCUUCGUGGCGGCAACUAAACAAAUUUUAAGUCCAGUGAUCAAAAUGUUUCCCUAUUCACUUCACUGUCUUCCUCCUUCCCCUCCCCUGUUUCCAUUAAUAAAGUUGAAGCAUUCCUGAAA